AUGGGCGCCGACGACUACUCCCCUCCCUCCACGGAUAUCAUCACGCUCACGCGACAUGUCCUCACCGAAGGCUUCAAGGUCAGGAGAGAAAGCGCUGCGAGUGGUGACCUCACCAUCUUGCUCAGCUCGCUCCAGACCACCUGCAAGUUCAUCGAGAGCAACGUGCGAAAGGCCAGCUUGAUCAACCUCAUCGGCGCCGCCGGCAACACCAACGUCCAAGGCGAGGACCAGAAGAAGCUCGACGUCCUCUCCAACGAGAUCAUGAUCAACGCAUUGCGAGCCUCGGGCAAGACGGCGGUCCUCGUUUCCGAAGAGGACGACGAGGCCAUCUUUGUCGGCGAGAAGCAGGAGGGAGGCCAGGGCAAGUACUGCGUCGUCUUUGACCCUCUGGACGGUUCUAGCAACAUUGACGCCGGUGUCAACAUCGGAACCAUCUUUGGUAUCUACCUCGUCAAGGACGGCUCCAAGGGCACACUUGAGGAUGUGCUCCGACCCGGUCGCGAGAUGGUCGCCGCCGGCUACUGCAUGUACGGUUCGUCGGCCAAUUUGGUACUGACUACGGGUAAUGGUGUCAACGGCUACACGCUCGACAACCAGAUCGGCGAGUUCAUCCUCACGCAUCCCAACAUCCGCCUGCCCAGCCGCGGAAAGAUCUACUCAAUCAACGAGGGCAACAGCAUGUACUACCACGAACCCGUCCUCAAGUACCUCGAGAGCAUCAAGUACCCCAAGGCCGAGGGUGCCAAGCCCUACUCGGCUCGUUACAUUGGUUCCAUGGUCGCCGACGUCCACCGCACCCUCCUCUACGGAGGUAUCUUUGGCUACCCCGCCGACUCGAAAUCCAAGAGCGGUAAGCUGCGCAUGCUCUACGAAGCUUUUCCCAUGGCCUUGCUCACCGAGCAGGCGGGUGGUUUGGCCACCACCGGCACGGAGCGCAUCCUGGAUAUCCAGCCUACCUCGAUCCACCAGCGAUGCCCCGUCUUCCUCGGAUCCAAGGAAGACGUCGAGGAUCUCAUCAAGUGCUUCCAGUGA